GCUCGACCACUUCCCACAGCCUCCACAACCGUCUAUUCCAAGACUGACCGACACAGAGCCACACAGCAGCAGAGACGUGGCCACCCCCCUCCCUCUCCCUCACCCCUCRGACCACAGAUACAAARGUGACUCUGCGGACCCCGCCCACAACCUCCCCGCUCUCCCCCCGUACCCCUCCAACCACACCCACAGCUCUGUGUCUGAGCAACCACUACCACCUCCAACGCCCGCUCCCAAGCCCCAGAAUACAGGCCUCAUCAUCAUGCCACAUUGGGCUCUCCUAGGCCUGGAAACCUCCUCAACCACAUCCUCCUCCUACGGACUAUCUUCCCAGGAAUUCCUGCCUGGCCCUUGCACCCAUCAGGCUGAACCAUCAUCCAGCAGCUGCUGCUCCCCCCAUGGCACAGAGCUGGAUCCUGCCCCAAACCAAGCCUGCUCCUUGGGCUCCACCCAGCUCCCCUCUCCCUCCCCCGGGAGACCCGCUGGACUGGACACGGAGGAGGGAGCAGCUGAUUCAACACUAGAGCCGCCACCCUCCCCCUCUUCCCACUCUCCUUUUUUCUCCUACCAGCCUGCCAGUCUGACGGUUCCCUCCUCAGGUGGGACUCGUUCUCCCUCUCCUCAGUUUGCUCCACAGAGGCUGACGGACCAGCCCCCUGUCUCUGUGUCUAUGCAGGAUGAAGCCCAGAGCAGGCCAGAGAACAGGACGAACACUGUGAUGGAGAUGAGCAAUGUAGGGAAGAAGGUCCCUGUGAAGAUCGUCCAUGCUGAGAGCACCACAGAGAGGGAGAGCCGCCAGUACCUGCUGCACAGCGAGAAAAAUAGGGCCCCUGGAGUUUCAGAGGGGCCCAACCUUCCCCCGCCCCUACCGACCAGCCUGCCCUCCCCUGAGCCGCAGCCCUACUCCCUGUUCCGUGCCUACACACCCUACACACGCCAUGGGCCCCAGAGUCCCCCCAGGGASCCAACCCUCACUGUAGCCCCAGAAGAGGCCCUGUCCCCUGGGCAGUCUCAGACCAACGGACCCUCCGGUACCUCCACCAUGGGUCCCCAGCAGCCUCAGAAGAGUAACUCGGAGGAGGAUGUGAAGAGAGAGGAGCUGGCCAGAGACAUCAUGGACAAGGAUAAGUCCCUGGUGGACAUCUUGGACCAGAGUAAGAUGAAGACCACCAUGGAUCUGAUGGAGGGGAUCUUCCCCCAGGGGGAGCAGAUCUUGGAUGGGGGGCACCAGAGGAAGAAAGUCUCCCCCAAACAGGGAUUGCCGCCCAGGGGKAUGGAUGACKGGUGAGCUGACUGGGAYUGGGAUCUGSCAGUCCAGAAAUAU